AUGUCGUUUUUAACGGAAUACUUCGAUGAAUAUCGACAGCAUCCCAUCAGGAAGACCAUUAUGUGUCGUCCAGAGAACAGAUGGGCGAAGCUUGAUGGGAAAUGGCUGGACCCUCGAGUCGGGACGCAGGACAAAGCGUGGACCGAGGAGGAGAUCGAAAAGUUCAUCAAAGCGACGAUGAAGAGUUUGCGGGGACAGUCCACCUACUACAACGACUACUGCGCCCAUUUGUCUACAGAGUUCAAAACACGGCCUUUCAAGCCCCGGGAGAAAAAGAAGAGACCAUGCGGGGAGAAGGGGGAGAAGGCUCCCACCGAGGAGGCGCCGGCUCCGCAGUACCCCAAGCUGGCCAUCAAGGAUACCGAGCUCAUGAAGGUGGCCAAGGAACUGUAUGAGCGGGACAUGGACAAGCCUACGCUAGAACCGCUGCCGACGCAUUUGAGGAUACUGGGCUACGUCCGCCCCUGCCUCUACAAGACGGGGCUCAGCGACUACCAGGGCGCCAUAGCUCGGCUGGCGUACGAGAUGGUGCGCGACGAUCGCAUCCCUCGCUACCACGCCCACAACGGCUGCCGGCCCCGCUGGGGACUCCCGCCCGAAGGUACCAGGCAACCAGAGCUGGAUGGAGCUCCUUACGAUGGGGAGAGACUGUACUAAAACUUGUAAGAGUCAGCUCAGAGUAAAUGUAACCAUCCCACACUACCACGCCCACAACGGCUGCCGGCCCCGCUGGGGGCUCCCGCCCGAGGGUACCAGGCAACCAGAGCUGGAUGGAGCUCCUUACGAUGGGGAGAGACUGUACUAAAACUUGUAAGAGUCAGCUCAGAGUAAAUGUAACCAUCCCACACUACCAUGCCCACAACUGCUGCCGGCCCCGAGGGUAUCAGGCAACCAGAGCUAGACGGAGCUCCUUACGAUUGGGAGAGACCGUACUAAGUUGAAGAAUAGUGACAGCAUCCUUCUCUACCGCACCCACAAUAGCUGCCAACCCGCUGGGGGCUCUCACCCCACCCGAGGGUACCAGGCAACCAGAGCUGGAUGGAGCUCCUUACGAUGGGGAGAGACUUUACUAACGCUUUUGAAAGUCAAUUCAGAAUAAAUGUGACCUCAUCCCACACUAUUUACCAUGCCUACAACUGCUGCCGGCCCCGAGGGUACCAGGCAACCAGAGCUGGAUGGACCUCCUUACGAUGGGGAGAGACUGUACUAACUUGAAGAAUAGUGACAGCAUCCUUCGAUACCGCACCCACAAUAGCUGCCAACCUGGGGGCUCCCGUCCGAGGGUACCAGGCAACCAGAGCUGGAUGGAGCUCUUUACGAUGGGGAGAGACUCUACUAACUUUCAGAAGACUACUAAAGCUUUUAAAAGUCACACCACCACAAUACCACGCCCACAAUGGCUGCCCACCCGUUCGAGGGUACCAGGCAACCAAAGCUGGAUGGAGCUCCUUGCGACAGGGAUAGACUUACUAAAGUUUGUAAGAGUCAAUUUGGAAUAAA